GGCGCAGGGAUCUGACGCCAUAUUGCGUUACUUGUGUAUUGUGCUAAAAAAAAGCGAAGAAAACAAAAUAUUUUUUUAUUUUUUAAUUUUGAAAGCAGGCAUUAUAAAUGCCUUAAAAUAUUGAACAAUUUAAAAAACACUUUAAAUUAUGCUAAAUCAAUUAAAUACCUAAAUUAGUAAGCAUAGAUAACUUAUCCUAAAGGAAAUUAAAAAUAUAGUAUAAAAAGCGGUAUUAGCAGCGGUGAGAACAAAAACAACUCCUUGAAAAAAAAGAGUGUGAUUCAGAAAAGCAAGGAGAUUAUCUACGGCAGAAUAUUUUUUUGGGAAAUCUUUUUAAAAACUUGAAAUUUUUUUAAUAUCUAAAUAACUUGGAUAAUUUUAACUAGUAAAAGUGGCUAAAAUGAGUUUUUCCAGUGACGAAGUAAACUUUUUAGUUUACCGAUAUUUACAAGAAUCUGGUUUCACACACUCGGCAUUUGUGUUUGGUAUUGAAUCCCAUAUAUCACAAAGUAAUAUAAACGGAGCACUUGUUCCACCAGCAGCCUUACUGACAAUCUUGCAAAAGGGUUUAUUAUAUACAGAGGUUGAGUUGUCUCUUGGUGAAGAUGGCAUGUCCGUAAGAGCAAUCGAAAGUCUGAGUCUAAUAGAUGCUGUAAUGCCAGAAGUUAAACAACCAGUAGUUAAGACAGAACCCGGCAAAGCAGGCAAUGGAGAUAAUGCAAAUGCUGGCAGUGGUGGUACAACAUCAGGUGGUAAUUCUGGCUCAAAUGUUAAAUCAGAGGUAAAAGCAGAAAGUAGUGCUGCAGGUAGUGGUACUUCUGCAAAUGCCUCCGGCUCUACGGGUACUUCCAAUACAGCGACAGAAAACACGGAAGCGGAUAGUAAUGCUGCUGGCUCUUCUACGGUUACUGGAAGUUCACCAGCCGGAACGAAUGUUACGACAGGGAACACUACUAACACUACAUCUGCUGGCGCAUCAGACGAUAAGAAAAUAGAAUCAACUGCUGGAGGCAAUGCAACGACCAAUGCUGAUGAUGCCACCUCUUCAUCCUCCACAAAUGGCAGUUCUAGUAAUGCCACAUCCACUGAUGCCGCCUCAGCUGGUGCAGCAGGAGGAGCUACAAGUUCAUCGGGUACAGCAACUCCCACUACAGCUGCACAAACUGGGGUGGCUGGUGGUGCCAGUUCAGCAGCCGGUGGCAAUGCAGCUACUGCUCCCACCUCUGCCCAAACUGUUACAAGCAGUGCUACAGCUACGGGCGCUGCCAAUGCGGCUGCUACCGGUAACGUAGAAGCAAUGGAAAUUGAUUCGGAUAUUGAAAUACCAGCCUCGAAAGCCACCGUUUUAAGAGGUCAUGAAAGUGAGGUAUUCAUUUGUGCUUGGAAUCCUUCACGAGAUUUAUUAGCUAGUGGUUCGGGCGAUAGCACUGCUCGUAUUUGGGAUAUGUCGGAUGCCAUGAGUUCACCUAAUCAAUUGGUCUUGCGUCAUUGCAUACAAAAGGGAGGGGCAGAAGUACCCAGUAACAAAGACGUUACUUCAUUGGAUUGGAAUUGUGAUGGCACACUUUUAGCUACCGGCAGUUAUGACGGUUUUGCUCGUAUUUGGAAAACUAAUGGUACAUUAGCUUCCACUUUGGGCCAACAUAAGGGCCCUAUAUUUGCCUUGAAGUGGAACAAACGUGGCAACUAUAUACUUUCGGCUGGUGUUGACAAAACUACCAUAAUUUGGGAUGCUUCAACCGGACAAUGUACUCAGCAAUUUUCAUUCCACAAUGCCCCAGCCCUGGAUGUCGAUUGGCAGACAAAUAAUUCAUUUGCCUCCUGCAGUACUGAUCAACGUAUUCAUGUGUGUCGUUUGGGCUCUGAAGUACCUGUCAAAACCUUUAAGGGACACACGAACGAGGUCAAUGCCAUCAAGUGGUGCCCACAGGGUAAACUGUUAGCCUCCUGUUCGGAUGAUAUGACAUUAAAGAUUUGGUGCAUGAGUCGAGACAAAUGUUGCCACGAUUUGCAGGCACAUUCUAAGGAAAUUUACACGAUUAAAUGGUCUCCCACUGGUCCGGGUACACAGAAUCCAAAUACCAAUUUACUUUUGGCCUCAGCUUCGUUUGAUUCGACCGUUCGUUUGUGGGAUGUGGAAAGAGGCAUGUGUAUACACACUUUAACGAAACACACAGAACCCGUCUAUUCGGUGGCAUUUUCACCCGAUGGCAAGUAUUUGGCUUCGGGCAGCUUCGAUAAAUGCGUACACAUUUGGAGUACUCAGUCGGGACAAUUGGUACACAGUUACAAGGGUACCGGUGGUAUAUUUGAAGUUUGUUGGAAUUCGAAAGGCACAAAAGUUGGUGCCAGUGCUUCUGAUGGCAGCGUUUUUGUACUGGAUCUCAGAAAAUUCUGAUCGGCAACAACAACAUUAUCAUCAUCGGCUUGUAUUGCUCUACCCAGAGACGGAUUCUUUUAAACGGAGUCUUUAAAUACAAGCAUAUUGAUUUUAUUAUUUUUUUUUUUUUUGUAAUUUUAGCAACAAACAAAAACAGAACAUUUCGUAGCAUUUAAGUUAAAAACUUUAAGAUUAUAUCUUCUUUUUAAACGUAAGAUACAAAACAAAUUUCUUAAUUUUUAUUAUUAGAAUUCUACUUUACUCUAAAGUUAUGCCCAUUAGUUUUCUUUAUUUUCUUCUUUUGUGUUAUUAAAAUUCCAAUGUGGUUGUCCAUUUUUCCAACAUGGAACUGAUUUAGAGUAACAGAGUUGCUUUUUGAAAUCAGAAAAUUAAA